AUGAAUCGAAACAGUGUUAGUAGUAGUAACCCUGGAAUUGUGUAUCAGGUUUACGUACUUACAAUAAUUGGAAAAGGUGACAUACCUUUGUACGAAGCAGAUUUGACCAUAAAUGGAAAAAAAGAUAUAUCUGAACAUCUCGCUCAGUUUAUAAUUCACCAAUCGUUGGAUUCUCUAGACGUGUUAGUAUGGAAAAAUACAAAUAUGUUUCUAAAAACGAUCGACUCAUUUAAUAAUUAUUCAGUUUCAGCAUAUUGUACCCAUGGUCAUAUAAAAUUUUUACUACUUUAUAAAAAUAAAAAUGAGUUAAGCACUUUAAGCAGCAGUACUACUGCUACUAUGAAUAAUACUGUUUGUUAUGUCCCAUCAGAUGACAAUAUCAGAGCUUUUUUUGAAACAGUUUAUGAAAAUUAUAUUAAAGUAUUGUUGAACCCAUUAUAUGAACACAAUGGAAUUAUAACAAGUUCCUUGUUCGAUCAAAACGUGCACUUGGCAGCAAAGCGCUUUCUGCAUGGUUAA